AUGAGUCCCGUUGUACAACCUGAGUCAGAAAGGCCCAAAAUUGCUAAAAGAAGGUUUGUCGGUAGAAAACCAAACACAAACACAGACAUCAGAGCCACUGCUGAAGAUCAACCACUUGUAAAAUCGAGCAUCAAGCGUCAUAUUGGCAGAGCCGUCAAUCAAAUUCCUGAUGAUAUAUUGAAUGACAAGGAUUUGAAUGAGGCAAUAAAACUACUACCUUCCAAUUACAACUUUGAAAUACACAAGACCGUUUGGAAUAUACGAAAACAAAAUGCCAAACGAGUUGCAUUGCAAAUGCCUGAAGGUCUACUUAUUUAUUCAUUAAUCAUAUCAGAUAUAUUGGAGGAAUUUUGUCAAGUUGAAACGUUGGUAAUGGGCGAUGUAUCUUACGGUGCAUGUUGUAUUGAUGAUUUUACUGCCAAAUCGCUAGAUUGUGAUUUUAUUGUUCACUAUGCUCAUUCAUGUCUUGUUCCUAUUGAUGUCACUGAAAUCAAAGUGUUGUACGUAUUUGUUACCAUCAACAUUGACGAAACUCAUUUGAUAAAGACGAUAAAAAGGAACUUCGAUCAAGGUACACAGAUUGCCAUAUUUGGUACUAUUCAGUUCAACCCCACAAUUCAUAGUGUAAAGGCAAUUUUGGAAAAUGAUCUCGAAAAGCCAAUAUAUUUAAUUCCUCCACAAACAAGACCUUUGUCAAAGGGAGAACUAUUGGGUUGUACAUCUGCAAGGUUAAACAAAGAACAUAUUCAAGCGACGAUAUACGUUGGUGAUGGAAGAUUUCACCUUGAGAGUUCAAUGAUUCACAAUCCUGAUAUUCCAGCAUAUAGAUAUGACCCAUACGAUCGGAAAUUUACUCGUGAGUACUACGACCAGAAGCAAAUGACGCGGGUAAGAGAGGAUGCAGUUGUUACAGCCAGAAAAGCUAAAAAAGUUGGAUUGAUUCUUGGGGCUUUAGGACGUCAGGGGAAUCCCGUGACAUUACAAAAGUUGGAAACACAACUUUCACAAAAGGGAAUACAGGUUGUCAAGAUUAUUCUUAGUGAGAUAUUUCCACAGAAGUUGUCCAUGUUUGAUGACGUUGACGCGUUUGUGCAAGUAGCCUGUCCUAGACUAUCUAUUGAUUGGGGUUAUGCAUUCAAUAAACCUUUGUUGACUCCAUAUGAAGCAAUGGUGAUGCUUGAGCAGGAUAAAAUGUGGGAUGAAAAGUAUUACCCAAUGGAUUACUAUGCAAAGGAUGGUUACGGUAGAGGACAGAUACCUGCCAGGAAUAGCUAA